UUAUGAAUAUGUUUAAUGGCAUGUAUGUGGCAGGGACGGGUGUCCGCUGCAGCCGGGCUCAACCUGCAGAAGGUGAUGCACCUGACGCCCACGCUCUCCUCGAACCGCGACAAGCGCGGCAUUGCGCUCGACGGACAGCUCAAGCGUUCUGACACCACACUCGCCUCCACCACGCUGUUGCUGGACCCGGAGCAGCGUGAUGCGUUCGGUAUAGUGGUCAGCUACAGCGUGAAGGUGAAGCUGUACCUGGGUGCUAUCAGCGGCGAGCUCGUCGCCGAGCUGCCCUUCAUACUCAUGCACCCCAAGGAAGGGCGCUUGAAGGUGAUCCACGCGGACAGCCAGGCCGACGUAGAGAUGUUCCGCCAGGACACCGUGCAUCACCAGGAGAGCGUCGAGGUGUACUGAGGCGCUGUGACCCGCCGCCGCCCGCCGCUUGCGCUCCGGGAACUUCAUUGACAACGGCUUGAAAUAAUGUUGUAUAUAUUAUGUACAUGUAUCAAUAUAUAAUCCUAGUUAAGGUAGAUCGCCAGGCGACGCUGGCAGCCGCCGCGCUGUCUGGCGCCGGCGCAGUGUCGUGAAAUAUAUUUAUAGAACCGAGUCACUCGACGAGUUUGGCAGAACGCACCAAGCUUGUCCCGCGGCGCUGAUCUAAAUAUUGUCAUACACAGUGUAUAUAUUCAUGCAGUCAGUCUUUGAUGACAUGCAGACAGUCAUUCGUGCUGGUUCACAUGCAGACGGCACGUUCCUCGAAACAGCAAUGUUACUGGAGUGCAAAAGAACCCAUUUUUUCAUUAACAAUUUGGGUUGGCAUACUGUAUGAAUGACUACACUCACACACGAAUCCAUGCUUAUUAACUGAUACUUCACUGCGCUCUCGGACGGUCUCUUUCUAUGACAACUGCGAGGACUACACGAGAAUUCCGAAAAUAAUUCUUUGAGGACUAAGAUGUUAUUCAAUAUUCGAAACCGUAUUAAAAAUAAAAUUGUUAAUUUAUUAUUUGGCAUGUUUUGACUAUUUUCAUACUUUACAAGAAAUGUUGUUAAUUUGUCAUAGAGACGUCAGAUAUCAAUUUUGUUCUAUAUGUAUGUUAUAUUUAAUGUAUUCAAUGUAAUAUUGCUUUGUGAAAUUUAUGACUAUACUCUGUGAUUAAAUUAUUAUACUAUG